AUGGCUUCAGUGCAAUUCCAUUCCAACUAUGUCAGGGUUAACACCGACCCGGCAGUCAUUUCUGUCAACCUUGGCUUCGCCGAUACUGAGAAACUUGACGCAAACUCUACAACUCCGAAUCCAGUAUCUGGAAAGUCCGAACAAGUCGUUGUGACGUACAGAAAGAACGACCCGCCCCCUCGAACAUUUGAAGUCUCGACACAAAUGAACUUCCCGGCAAACGGCACCAUCACAGUUACCGGUGGUGGAGCCGAUGCCAAUGUUGUGGAGGCUACCGAUGGUGUUGGAAAUAAGGGAAAAUGGACUGUUGUGGGACAUUGA